CCCUCCCGCCUCCCUCAAAGCCGCACCAACUGCCCUCUCUCUCUUUCCGCUCUCCACGCCCCCCGAUGCUCCCCUCUCCCUCGCCCGCUUCGCUUUUCUAAUCUAAUCUAAUCUAAUCCAAUCGGCCGAUUAAACCUGAUUUCCCCUUGCUAAUUCGGGCCAUCGCAUCACUCCCCCAACUAAUCACACUCCUCUCUUCUCCGCUUCCUCUUCUCGUAUAUUUAUAACCCCACUUCCCUUUUCUUCCUCUUUCUUCUCAUCUUGGUUUCUUCCUAGUUUCGGGAGAGGAUUUUAGUGAGGGAUUUGAAGGAUUUUGAGGUGGGAGAGGAGAUGGAGUUGCCGGCGGAUGGGAGCGCGCUGGCGAGGCAGGGGUCGAUCUACUCGCUGACGUUCGACGAGUUCCAGAGCGCGCUGGGAAGCGCCGAGAAGGAUUUCGGGUCGAUGAACAUGGAUGAGCUGCUGCGCAACAUCUGGACGGCGGAGGAGUCGCAGGCCAUAGCGCCGGCGGCGGCGGCUGCUUCGGCGGCGGCGGUGGUUGGGGACGCGCAGCAGCAGCAGCAGCCGAUCCAGAGGCAGGGGUCGCUGACGCUGCCACGCACGCUGAGCCAGAAGACGGUGGACGAGGUGUGGCGCGACAUCAUGGGCUUGGGCGGCAGCGACGACGAAGACCCCGCGGCGGCGGCGGCUGCGGCGGCGCCCGCGCAGCGGCAGCCGACGCUGGGGGAGAUGACGCUGGAGGAGUUCCUGGUGCGGGCCGGCGUCGUGCGGGAGGACAUGGGGCAGACCAUCGUGCUGCCGCCGCAGGCGCAGGCGUUGUUCCCCGGGAGCAAUGUGGUCGCCCCGGCCAUGCAGCUCGCCAACGGGAUGCUGCCUGGUGUCGUCGGCGUCGCCCCCGGCGCCGCCGCCGCGAUGACGGUGGCGGCGCCGGCCACGCCGGUGGUGCUGAACGGGCUGGGGAAGGUGGAGGGCGGGGAUCUCUCGUCGCUCUCGCCGGUGCCUUACCCAUUCGACACCGCGCUCAGGGUGAGGAAGGGCCCUACCGUCGAGAAGGUGGUGGAGAGGCGGCAGAGGCGGAUGAUCAAGAACAGGGAGUCCGCUGCUAGGUCUCGCGCGCGGAAGCAGGCUUAUAUAAUGGAGUUGGAAGCUGAGGUGGCAAAACUGAAGGAACAGAAGGCUGAAUUGCAGAAAAAGCAGGUGGAAAUGAUACAGAAGCAAAAUGAUGAGGUCAUGGAGAGAAUCACUCAGCAACUUGGACCAAAGGCAAAGAGAUUUUGCCUCCGACGAACACUGACUGGUCCAUGCUGAAGCCAGAGUCUCCGGUUUCGCCGUGGCGCUCAGCUUCAGAGUUGCUUCUCUCCUUGUUGGUGAAUGGUGAUGGCUCAGUCUCUUGGACGGUCGAAUGCUGGCGUCGAUUACUCACUAGGUUUAGCUGCGAGAUCGUUGCGUGAGCAAAGGCAUACUAUCUAAUCUGUUUAACUCCUUAUUUAGGGAAAUCUGGCAUGGUGAAAACGGGGCAUGCCAUCUGUGUUUGUUGUUUUUGUGCAGCUGUUGCAUCUGCUCUGUAUGUUGCUGUUGCGUUGACAUGUCAUCCCGUUUACAGUUCAGUGAUUCUGUUCUGUACCCAAGUUUAAGAGGAUUCAGUUUCAGUGAUCUGCAUGUAAUUUGAGCUUUACAGUUUCCGUUCU